AUGGCAAUACUGUCGCUACUCGAUUACGAAGAUCUGAUCAGCGUGAGCCUGGUGAAUAGGAGGUCACACCUCCUCUGCAACGACGCCACGCUCUGGGCCGCCCUCAUCAACUAUCAAAGGCGAUGGAGGCCGCAGUCAUGCACGACUGUCGAUGAACGGCUCGCCUUCUACGCCUCCCUUGCCGCCAACCUCGACCCUAGCACGCGCCAGCUCUUCCUUCGGAACUUACCAGAGGCAGAGCCGCUGCAUCCCAAAGCGGUGCUCGCCUACAUGCGCCAGCAAAGAGAACAGUUCUUGCGCUUCGUGGACGACAGCGUCGGCGCCGCCUACGUGCCCCCGUUCGACUCCUUCCCCACCCUCCUUGUCGAGGCACGUUCCUCCCAAGCCCACAGCACCUCCGGCUUCACUUCUCCGUAUUAG